AUACCCCAGAAUUUACCCGGCUCCAUCACCCUGCAGCCAGGACCAGAGGACACAGGGAAGGCCUGCGGAGUCGACUUUGAGAUCAGUGCCUUUUGUGCCAAAUCACUGGAAGAAAAAAGCCACAAAAGGAACUCUGUGCGGCUCAUCAUCAGAAAGGUGCAGUUCGCUCCAGAGACGCCCAGCCCCCAGCCCUCAGCUGAAACCACACGCCACUUCCUCAUGUCUGACAGGAGGUCCCUGCACCUAGAGGCUUCCUUGGACAAAGAGCUGUACUACCACGGAAAGCCACUCAGUGUCAACGUUCAUGUCGCCAACAACUCCGCCAAGACCGUCAAGAAGAUCAGAGUCUCUGUGAGACAGUAUGCCAACAUUUGUCUCUUCAGCACCACGCAGUACAAGUGCCCUGUGGCUCAGCUUGAGCAAGAUGACCAGGUGUCUGCCAGUUCCACAUUCUGCAAGGUGUACACCAUCACCCCGCUGCUCAGCCACAACCGGGAAAAGCGUGGCCUCACCCUGGACAGGCAGCUUAAGCAUGAAGACAACAACUUGGCUUCCAGCACCAUAGUGAAGGAGGGAGCCAACAAGGAGGUGCAGGGAAUCCUGGUGUCCUACAGAGUCAAGGUGAAGCUGGUGGUGUCUCUAGGCGGGGAUGUCUCUGUGGAGCUGCCUUUUGUUCUCAUGCACCCCAAGCCCCAUGACCACAUCACGUUUCCCAGACCCCAGUCAGCACCCCGGGAAACAGAUGUCCCCGUGGAUACCAACCUCAUCAAAUUUGAUACCAAUUAUGCCACAGACGAUGACAAUGUGUUCUAG